CGAACUGAAGUUACCAACUAUUAUUCCUAAUUUCAGAUCAUUAAGAGUUCAGAAUUAUUCAUUGAAAUAAUAUCAUAACCUAUGAAUCUGUUUUAACAAUAUAAAAUGGCACGCCUUAAAGGUUGGAGAUAUGGAAUUUUUGUAGGAAGUUUUGUAGGAGCUAUUGGAGCAUAUUUAUGUGCUGUAUUGAUUCAUCCUAUGAUGAAUCCUAAUCAUUACAAACAAGUAAGAGCAGAGGCAAAAAAAUAUAUUCCCCCUGAUAAAUUUGUUGAAUAAAUCUAUCUUAUUGAAUUCAUUAUGUAAAAUUAAGUAAAAUAUAGUAUGAUUUUAUAUAACAAUCAAUGAAAUAAUUAAAUUAUAUAAGAUAGUAUAUUAAUAAUAUAAAAGCAUCUCGAAAAGAUAAUAUAAAUUUAAAUAAUAAUAAAAUGAAAUUUUAGGUCAAAGUCCUAUUUAUAAUGACUAGAUAUUAAUUGUUUGUUUUAAUUAAUUAAAUAUAUGAAGAUUAAUAAACUUUCCUAUAAAGUUUUUAUUUACCGCAAUAAAAAAUUUUGAGUAUGUACAAAAUAUAACUGUCGCAUAUACAACAUUGUUUUGUUAAAAAUCAUCAUCACAGACGUCAAGAAAGACAUCGAAUGCUUCACGGUUACAACUACCAUCUGGAGUGAACACAUACUUAUGAAAUGUUCCAUCCAUACAUACAGCUGAAAAAAAUAUGAGGACAUAUAUUUAAUGUUGUAUUAAUAAAAGUUAAGAAUUAUGGAAAUAAUGAACUGUA